AUGGCCGCCCGCGAUCGCUGCGCCAGGCGACGUGCAGACGCGCGUACGCAGGUGACGUCAGCAGAGAAGUUGGUGCUGCUGCUCGUGGGAAUGCAGCUGUGCGGCGGGCAGGCCUACCGCCAGCAGUACGCGAGGCGCUACAGACAGGCCGUGUACCACACCCCAGCUGCCGGCUUUCACAGCGCGCCCAGCCUGCCCCCCUUCCUUCACGGACAGUACCUCAGAUCUGGUGCUCAUUUUGUGCCCAUCAGAGGAUUACAUAAGAGAUUAGCACUGAGUUCCCACACUGCAUUGGGAAACGGGAAGCACGAUAAUAUUGCACCCAGCCCUGAAGUGUCACCUCUGCAAAGUGGUUUCCAUGUAAAACCUUUAGAUGCCCACGCCAUGAGCUCACAAGGAGGCGCGAGCCCUGAGACACUCCACGUUCCAGCAAGUGGUUUGGUUGGCUAUGAUGUUGGAAAUACUCAGGAGGCAUACAGUAGCAGCCUAAACCAGAUGCAACUGCCUGGUUCUGGCGAUUUUCAUUAUGGAAGUGGCGCUCCCAUUUUUGGAAAUCUAGGUUACCAUCCAGGUUUCGGAGCGGAUAAUGAAGAAAAAUCUGUCGGCAGAGUUACAAUGCAGGUUUACCGUGGCCCUACGAUGAAAGCUGGCCACAGUCACUUUGCACCCUGGAGCUACUACGUGUGGCAGCCAAGUGGUACUGAAACUGCGCACAAUGCCUUUGACCAUAUUUAAAUUGUGUGUGUGAGCGUGUGUUUGUGUGUAAACUAAGUGAUAGCAUUCGUCGCGGAGUGCUUUAGGUCUCAGCAUCAACAGCGAAUUAGAAUAAAUUGUCGUGAAGUGGAAAAAUAAAACAA